AUGUGCAAGUCUGAUUAUACACCAAGGGUUCCGUACCCGUAUUUUAAUGACAUAUUUCAGAAUGACUUUAUAAAACAUGAAAUUCAUCGUGUGUCUUGCGUGGUGGCUUUCGCUAUAGCUGAAAAUGCCGGCAAUGAGCUAUGUCUAUUUAGCAUUAUCGGUCAAGUCUUGCAAAAUUUAAGACUUAAAGCAAUAGUACUCGAUCCCCUUGUAGUUCAGAAACCUGAGAUCGACUCAUAUGAGCCCAUUAAUGUCGGCGUCGUCAUCAUAGAUAAUAACCUGCAGAAUCCUCAUCUAUCGAAAUCCCCAAUUCCUUGUACCCUCUACAUCCUGCUCCAGUUUCCCUUCUCCCGUAUUCAGAUCUAUGCCAUCCAGCUUAUUCUUAAUGUUGAAUCUGGAUCUGGUGUCAGCGGCAGUGAAAACCUGAUAGAGCGUACAGCAGAUAUUAUGUUACGAGAAGGUUAUUUAGACGCUGGAUAUAAUUACGUGGGGAUAGACGAUUGUUGGCUAGAGAAAGAUCGGGAUGAAAAUGGCCGUCUAGUUCCUGAUCGGGAAAGAUUUCCUAAUGGCAUGAAAGCCGUUGCUGAUUAUCUUCAUGAAAGAGGUUUUAAGUUUGCUUUAUACCAAGAUUAUGGUAGCAAAACGUGUGGAGGCUACCCUGGUGUACUGGGUCAUGAGGAAAAUGAUGUCAAAACAUUUGCCGAUUGGGGUGUUGAUUACAUAAAAUUAGAUGCAUGUAAUGUUGAUGUAACUAAAUAUGAUUUUGGUUAUCCCUAUUUUGACAGAUUAAUGAAUGAAACUGGAAGGCCUAUGGUCUAUUCGUGUAGUUGGCCAGCUUAUCAAGAGAAGCCAGAUUACUCUUCCAUUGCAAAGCAUUGCAACUUAUGGCGGAAUUAUGGUGACAUCGAAGACUCAUGGAGUUCCUUGAUCCAAAUCAUGACGUGGUUCGCUGAACAUCAAGAUGAAUAUGUUCAAUAUGCUGGACCAGGCAAUUGGAAUGAUCCUGACAUGCUCAUAAUAGGCAAUUAUGGAUUAUCUUUGGAUCAAGCGAAAGUGCAAAUGGCAGUGUGGUCGAUAUUACCUGCACCGUUACUUAUGAGUGUUGAUUUAGCUAAAAUCAGACAAGAGUAUAAAAUAUACUUC